UGGAAGUUGGCAGAGGCUGUGAAGGUCUCUUCCCUGGCGAUGGGGUUGCGUGGCUCUUAAUUCUUCCCUCUCGGAAGACUUUGGUCUCUUUUUCCUCCCAGACUCUACAACGUUCAAGAUUGAAACAUGGCAGUAGUAUCAACUGAUGCACAGCAGAAUGUGGUUUCCAGGGUUGCAAACCUUCCUCUGGUGAGCUCCACCUACGAUAUGGUCUCUUCUGCUUACAUCACCACAAAAGAUAACCACCCUUACCUAAAAUCAGUUUGCGAGAUAGCAGAGAAAGGAGUGAAAACCAUCACUGCGGUAGCCAUGACCAGUGCUUUGCCUAUCAUCCAGAGGCUGGAGCCACAAAUUGCAGUUGCCAACAGCUAUGCAUGUAUAGGACUGGACAAAGUUGAAGAGAGGCUGCCUAUACUGUAUCAACCAACUGAUAAGGUAGUCGCUAAUGCGGUGGAUGUAGUUGUUGGUGCUAAGGAAGCUGUAACGACAACUGUGACAGGUGCCAAGGAUACUGUUGCACACACCAUAAAUGGUGUCGUGGACAAGACAAAAGGAGCUGUGCAGGACAGUGUAGAGAUGACAAAGUCUGUAGUACAUGGCAGCAUUAACACUGUCCUGGGAAGUCGAGUGGUGCGUCUGGUGACCAGUGGUGUGGACACUGCACUCAGCCGAUCUGAGACACUUGUAGACCAGUAUCUCCCACUUACAGAAGAAGAGCAAGAAAAAGAAGCUACCAACAUGGAAGGAUUUGACGCUGGAGUUCAGAAGCCAAGUUACUAUGUUAGGCUAGGGUCUUUGUCUUCAAAGGUCCGAUCACGUGCCUACCAACAGGCCUUAAUCACCGUUAGAGAUGCGAAGGUCAGAAGCCAAGAGACUAUUUCUCAUCUCAACUACACUGUUAAUCUGAUUGAAUAUGCCAGAAAGAAUAUGAAUAAUGCCAAUCAAAAACUCCAAGAUGCUCAGCAGAAACUGUAUAAUUCUUUGGUGGAAUGGAGGAAAAACAUUGGCCAUACUGGAGAUUAUGGUGACAAUGACACUCACAGUGCUGAGAACAUUGAAUCACGUACCUUGGCAAUUGCACGAAGUUUGACUCAGCAGCUUCAAACCACCUGCCUCACCCUGGUCUCGAGUAUACAGGGUUUGCCGCAGAACAUCCAGGAUCAGGUCCACCACGUUGGGGCACUCGCUGGCGAGGUCUAUAGAAGCUUCCGCUCAGCAUCGUCCUUCCGGGAAGUGUCCGACAACAUCAUUACCAGCAGUAAAGGGCAGCUGAAGAAAAUGAAAGAGUCCUUGGAUGAUGUGAUGGAUUACCUUGUAAACAACACACCACUCAACUGGCUGGUUCCAGAUUUCACUAUCACAGACCUGUCUUCAGAAUCUGAUGAGAUUCCAGAUGUCUUGGCUUUGGAUGAGGAACCUCAGCCUGAUUAUUCACGUGCAAAUGGUCCAAUUGCCUCAGACCAGAUUGCUGAAUAAAUACCAUAUGCAUACACGCACGCACAGAAACUGUUCUUUGGUUUUGUGUAUAUAUAUAUAUAUGCACGCUUUCUUGCUAUGCUAACAAUCCUUGUGCUUUUUAAAUUGGAAUUAAUUAGUUUGUGGGGAGAACAGAGUUGUUGUUUUUAUCAACUUUGUUUCAAUUAGAUUAACAUUCUAAUUCCCCCCCCCCUAAAAAGUACCAAAUGAACACAUUGGCUUAACGUUUUAGCAAGGGUGAUGGAUUCUCUUGUCCUGUAGGCCAGAUCAAUUUGUUUGACGGAAUUUAAAUAUCACAGAUGGGCCACUGAUAACUGCUGAAAGACCUCUUGUUAAUAAUUGGCAUGGAAGUCCGUCUGGAAGGGGACGUGCUGGCUAAAGUUUCCUCUACUUCCUGUGUUUCUGUACUGUCAUUUCUGUACUCUUGGCUUACCAGGAAGAAAAACUAGAUUGUUACGCUCCGUAUCUCUUUCUGUUUCGUUGUAAUGUAUUUGCCUGAAUAGCUCGGUGCACCAAGCUCUGAAAGCAAAUUUUUAUUGGGCUUCAAUUCGUUAGCAAAGUACAAAUGAUAUUCCCACAUAGAGAUGGAGGGAAGGGAAAAGAGGAUUGUACUCGCUGCCUCCACCCCCAUGCAUUCGGCAUAAUAUGUUACGGGAUCUGUGUGCAUAUAAAUUGCAUGAUGUGUAGGCUCUGUCAUAUGAUCAGGAACCUUGGUUCUUGCAGGGUCCCCAAUCCUGGAUAUACCCUUUUUUGCUCACGUGGUUUGAGGAGAGUAGGUUUUGGUACAAUCUACCUCCCUUGCACAGACAUUCUUUCAACAGAGUAAGUAAUUAUAAAAAAAUGUGAAUGCACUGACAGGCAAGUAAGAAAUAAAAACAAGAGGAGUAUGUAUGGAAGGAAUAAAGUAACCCAUUGAAGCUAUUCUCUUGCUCAACCCAUAUUUGCAUCAGCAGGGUUGCUGGGUUUGUAUAGUUACUGUUUUAGAUCAGCAGAUGGAUCUUACAGUUCUUGGUGUUAACCCGAUGCUUCAUUGGAAGCACUGAAUUUGGCGUCAAACUAAGGCAUUCUUGACAACACCAUACAUUUGGAGUUCAGAUGUCCCUUUAACAUCAUUGACAGCUUGUUUGUUUAUUGCGAGGACAUGAAGGUAUGCUGUGGAACUAAUUUAUAGGCUAUCCCUACAGAUCUUGUAUGAAAGAGAUGAUGUGGCGUUCUAUAGGAGGAGGUGGAUACCCCCACUGUAAAAAAAAUUAAUUCCAGAUUUAUAUUGAAGUUUUAAGAAAUGCAUUGGAAAUAAAGUUUGGACUACAUAA